AUGGACUUCUCGGGUCGAGCAGGUAACAAAGGUGGCGGUAUCGCCGGAGCCUCCGAGAGCAAUGUCGACCGACGCGAUCGGCUGCGUAAGCUCGCGCUCGAGACGAUCGACCUAGCCAAGGACCCUUACCUUCUCAAGAACCACCUGGGCGGCCUCGAGUGCCGACUCUGCUUGACGCUCCAUACGAAUGAGGGUAGCUAUCUCGCCCAUACUCAGGGCAAGAAGCAUCAGACCAACCUUGCCAGACGUGCCGCCCGUGAAGCCAAGGAAAACGCGUACGACUCCAACAAGCUCAUCACCGCCUCGGCCACAGAGGCCGUGCCGAAGAAGCAGUUUGUCAAGAUCGGUCGACCGGGAUACAAGGUGACCAAGGUGCGCGAGCCUUUGUUGGAAGGUGGCGAGGGAGGUCGACUCGGAUUGCUGUUCCAGGUGUCUCUGCCAGAGAUCAAGGAGGGUGUGGUGCCGAUGCAUCGCUUCAUGGGCGCGUUUGAGCAGAAACAAGAGGCACCCGAUCGAAACUACCAGUACCUCGUCGUCGCUGCAGAACCAUACGAGACAAUCGCAUUCAAACUCCAAUCCCGCGAAAUCGACCGCAGAGAUACAGGCCUAGUCACCUCGUCAGCACCAGCCACAAGACCAAGACCAGAACCCUCCACUUGGAGCCACUACGACCCGGAUGGAAAGACCUUCUCCAUCCAAGUCAUGUUCAAGUAA